UUUCACCGAGAGGAAGAAGCGUUGCUGAUAAUCGACACCGCUGCACCAGGUUUUAAAAACGGUUGUAACAUUUAUUUUAUAUCUGCUUGGUUUUCUGACAGCUGCUUUCUUAGCUCGCCAUGGCUCUGUGCGGGGGUGUUGGAGCCAUGGCUUUACCCAGCGAGCUUAUCGUCCACAUAUUCUCCUUUCUGUCCGACCGAGACAAGCUCCGGGCCUCGGCCGUGUGUUCACGAUGGAGGGAGUGUCUCUUCUACCCCGCGCUGUGGACCGAGCUUAAACUGCGAAUAGGUGGUGGUUGUAACGGCGGCGGGUCCAUUUCCGAGGGGACCCCGAAACUGGAGUUCCUCAUGCGGAAGUUUGGUUCCUUCGUGCGGGAGCUGCAGCUUGAACUCGCACCGGUGGAAGGCUACCUUAGCCCUCUGAACAGCGACCCGUCCUCCACCAGGAUGGACCAGCCUCCCGCUCCCGAUAACGACCCGCAGCUCUCCGAGCGAUGGAGAGACGCCAUGGCCACCUACUUGGACCAGGUGUUGUGUGUUUUCACCAGCAUCCGCAACAACAGAAACCUGCAGAAGCUGAGUCUGUAUGGAGACACCUGUAUUCUCCAACAGGAGGGACUAUUGGACAGCUCCAACCUGCACCAAAUUCACCAAGGAGACAAAAAGAUCAAUGAAAUCCAGCAGUUGUUCAUGGAGUUGUUGUCCAACAGCAGGCAGCUGAGGUGGUUGUCUUGUAGCUUCAUGCUGGGUCUGGUGACUCCCUGCUCAUUAGCCUGCCUGUCAAAUCCUUCCGCUGAGACCUUGCAGCACCUCAGUUUACUGGACCACCAGCUGGGUCCCCUCAUCUCACCGUCAGAGAUGGAUCGUCUAUCUAAUCUUCAUUCUCUGGCUCUGGAUUUCUCUGACUUGACAUCUGAGCUUUGUGGUCUGCUGGCAUCUCCACGCCGAACUCCACUGCAUCGCCUCUCCCUGCUGCUCAAUGGCGCCGCCCUGGAGUUUAAACCAUUAGAAGGAACAGCUACAGAGGAUGAUUGGAAGGCUCUGGUUCGUGUGAGUGCCAACCUGCGAGUGUACAUCAUGGCCCUGGAGGUCGACAGCUCCGAGCUCCUCCGGGUCCUAAAGCCGAGCCUUCCUCUGGAGCGCCUCCACCUCGAUAGUUACAGCACACUGGUGUCCGACGCCACAUUGGAACUCAUCUCUCAGCAGUACAACAAAACGCUGACUCACUUCCUGCUCCUGAGGGAUGACCCCGACUUCCCUGACCUCAGUGUGAAUCGAAACGAAGACCCGUUGGUCCUCUUGGCAUGGAGAUGUACUCAGCUGGCUGUAUUGGUGAUACAUGGUUACACUGUAUGGUCCCAUAACUUGGUGGCCAUCUCUCGUCUGCGAGGCUCCAGUCUUCGCGUGCUUACCGUCUCUGAGGAGAGCAUCGACUUCGAUCCGGACCAGUCGGUGUGCAUGGAAGGGGAUCCGGUCCAUAACCUGGUCAAGGAGGUUUCACUGGGCCUUGGCCGUGUCUGGCACCCCUGCCUGGAUUCCAGCCUGGUAUUGUCCGAACCCACCCAGCACUUCCACCGCGAGCUGAACACCUUCAGCAUGGGCAUGUAGUCAUGGAUGGCAAAUCCAACUCAACACAGCUUAAACUGUGUCAAGACCAGGCCAGACCAACCAAGUUUGAGUCAACUCAGACCUCUGUACCAGGCCAAAAGCAGAGUUAAGUGAAAAACUGGAUCUUAAAACAAUCUAUGAAUUACAUUUAUGUGUAGUGAUGUGAGCUGAUUGUUUUUAUUUUACUUUUAUUUUUUGCAUUUCUUUCACAGGGAUUUUAGCACACAAUCAAGGCCUACCAUUUUCCAAAUGAUUCCCUGUUUUCUAGCAUUGCCUCUUGAUUAUCUAGUUAGCCAGUGACUUGGAAAAACCAAUUCAGUCUUUGAUAUUUUAAAUACUUUUUCAAAUUAAUACUAUCCAAUUAAAACUGGAUAUUCUAAUUAAAAUGUGAUAUUCAUUCAGUUUGAAGUCAUACCAAUCUGUGAUCUCUGACCACAGACAAGACUUGAGUCAUGCCCAUUUUUAAUUUGUCUGCUAAAACAGGUCAUUCUGCUGCUUCUAAUGCCCUCUGGUCUGGCAUGGCCCAGUCUGGUCUGGUCUUGAUCAACAAGUAUUCAGAGCUCGAUGUCUCUCCUUCACCAUAAUAACCUCCAGAACCUCUGUAUGAUGUAACUUUCAUUUGUUUUUUUGUUUUUUUGUUUUUUUUAUUUGACUGCUUUUCAUCUCUCCCCGCUCUGUGUAUAACCUUGUUUUCCUGUGUGGUGGUUCCCUUGCCUGUAUAGGCUUUGUGUGUAUUUAAAUACAGAUAUAUUAUUAUCCUGCUCAAUGCUAGAACAGGACAGGCAGGCGGGUUGAGUGAUGGACCAGUGGGAUUUAGGGGGGGAUGUGUGUUCCGACAAAAGCCACUGGCUUUAGUUGUGAAAGUAUUUCUCUUUUCUUUCCUUUUUUUUUUAUCCUUAGCUCUGUGUCCGUCUGUCUGUCUGUUCUACUCACACACUAGCAAAAGUUAGGAGUUUGUAAACUAACCGAUCAGUCACUUCUUCGGUAACACAACCUUAAAUGCUUCUGCUGUUGCUCUACUCUGAAAGAGCCCUGUGUUCACUUGUCCACUAGUUUAAGAGCCUUGCCAGCAGGGUGGGAAUCUCAACUGUAAUGUGGCUGACUGUGGCAGGUGCUCAUCAGAUUUAAUGCAGCCAUGUCAGUGCUAUGGCACAGAUGUAUGACCAUUGUGAAGUGAAUGACUUUUCAAAGCUAAAUGGUUUUGUUAAGGAUUUUGAGCACCUUACUGAUAGUGUUACGGAAAAUAUUGUUACGUGUGCAGCCAACACACUUCCCACCCCGCUCACUUGUCGACUUCUCAGUAAACCUCACUAGUCGAUGAAAUCGGGAGCCUCGUCUUCCGACUUACAUUCAGAGCCAAACUAAAAGAUUCAGCCCGUCACAAUACAACGCCCCCCUACUCUGUUAAGUUUUGAUCGGUAAUGAGCUAGUUGUAAAUCUUUUGCGUCUUUUUCUAUAUUCAGGCUGAAUAUAGCUGCCUUUGCUCUCCUCUCAUCUAGAGGUCAAAACUGUCUGUCUAGUAUAACUGGUUCCAGAGCCCUUUUUGUAUGGAAAUGUCAAGUCAUCAAGUCAAAGACAAGAACAGGAGUGCGUCAUAAUAUGAAGGGCUCUGAGAUUUAAAAUCUUCAGAUAGUUGCACAUUAUUCUAAAGAGAAAAUAGGUUUUCAUUUCACAAUACCCGUGUGUAUAUAAUAUAUAUCUGCGUUUUGAGAAAUCUGUGACUACUUCCAAGUUCAUGGUAAGGCCAUGCAAAAACACCAGUAUUCUGUAGGCACAGCUUCCUAAGGUCAUGCCAGCAAUUUUGUAGGCGGGAACUAGUUUUUCUCAAUGGUGGUCUUGUUUCGGAGUUAAACUUUUCACGAUAAAGAACAGGGAAAAGAAAAAGGAUGUACUGAAUUUAACUUGACUCUCAUUCUGUCAUUCUCUUGGCCAGUCGGGUUUUUGUUUUAUAUUGAAGGCUUACUGUAUAGCUAUAUUUGCCACAGAAAAUGGGCAGAAUCAUAUCUUGCCACAACAGCCACAGCUGCUGACUAAAUGAGUUUGGACAUUGUAGGUUCCACUGAUGGCCAAGGCUGGUUAUUUUUUUCCAAGAAGUGGCACCUACAGCACAACAAGGUUUUGGGUCAUGUGGCGUAUUUCUGUGGCAAACAUUUUUCUCUCGUCAGUCUCAGGUAGGCUUUUAACAUCACUAUGACCAGGACAGUGAUGGUGAUGAUGUCGAGUAGGGUGUGUGAAACAAUCAGUUAGUGUGAGAUAUUGUCCUUCUUUUUUUUAGUUCCUCUUGAGUCACAGUUGCCUUGGAAACAGCCCCAUGUUUCCUGGAUACAGUUGUUGUUGUUGUUGUUGUUCUUGUUGUGGUUAUUGUUGUUAUUAAUGAUGUUGUUUAUCUUGCCAUCUGAUAAACCCUUGCUCCAAUUUGGUUGGGGGGUCAGCAAACCUAAUCAUACAUUUGUUUUCAAAGAUUAAGGUUGAUAAAGACUAAAGAAUGGCAAAACCAAUCUGCUCAUUGCACAUGUUUAAUAUCUCCAUGUUGUGGGGGACAGAGAGUGGCUGUGGAGUGGGAGAAAAUCCAUGCUGUCAAUAGAGGACCUGCUGGGCCCAAUUAAUGUCUGAACUGAAUGUAGUCUGGGGUGAAAUUUCUGUCUGGCACAGUGGAUCUUCUGUCUGGAUGUGCAACUGGCUUUCAUUAACUAGGGUGAAGGCUUUACUUUGAUCGAAUCCUAGUCAUAGUCCGAUUCUAAUGUUUGAAUAUUACUACGGAAUUGCCUUUGCCCUAAUAAAUGAAAUAAAUGUUAUUCAGGCUCUGUGGAAGUACAAGCAUGCCAUGUUCUGGGCUCAAGCCAAGCAUGACCAAAUAUCUUGUGCUCCACGAAAACCUAGUCCUGUGUAUGACCUAGGCCAAGUAUGGUUACAUCUGAGGCCCCAGUGUUGUGACUGAUGUGAUAUACUGGUAUCUUUUAUUAUGGCAUUUCCUGAGCUGAGUUGGGAUUUUACCAGGAAAAUCAAAGUUAGGUUGUGCUGUAGAACACCUAUCUUUUGUAAGUAAAUACUGUCAACUAGCCAUUGUUUGGAAUGACACCCUCCCAAAUGGCUCCAGCUCAGUUACUGUUGUGCACGCCAUGGCACUUUAGAGGUCACAGCAAUGACAUUGCAGACUGAAUGACCAUAUCAAGGUCUGUAGUUUACAACUUGACCUGUGAUUUUUCCAUGGACUGAUAUGGAACCAGAGUUAUACAGCGUGCCAGCACUUUGCUUGGUUCUGAAUGAAUAGGUCCUAGUGGUGGGCCUGUUGUUACCAAAUGUUUGCUCAUCUGUUAAGGGACCUUGAUGGUUUAGCCAUGAUAAUCUCUCUAGUAGUCCUUGGUCCAUAUCUCAGGAUAAAUGCACCCUGGUACCAAGAGUUUCUGUUAAAGGCUGCCUGUGGCUGUAUAUAGUGCUGUACACUCAAACACUCAGAGGGGUUAGCAAUACCAACGUAACACAUUCAGACCAAAAUAUGUUGGUUUUUAUCUCAUCUUCCUCCUCCUCUCCUCAAUGUUUCCUCUCAUCUUUUUUUUUUUUUUUUUUUCUUAGAGCUCAACUCUGCUCCUUUUAUGUGAGAGAUUUAAUCUGUUAUAAAUGUGUACUGUGUAUAGGCAUCACCUGAUACAGAGGGGAGAACCACAGCAGCCUACAGUAGAAUGUAAUUUCAACCUAGGUCAUCUGAACUGAGCAAAUGGAUUUUUUUUUUUACAAACAACUGAUUUUAAAAAGCUAAUUUUACCCACUAUGUGUGCUUCCUCCUCAAUUUCCUGUCUACUCAAGUCCCCACAUGUUAUUGGCUCCACACUAGAAGGCAGAUCUCACUGUUUGGGCAGUCCAGCUUGGCCCUUGUGGAUCUUUUCUGACUAGAAUAAAAAGAGAGGCUGUGGGUUUUCCCAGACUAUGGUCAGCUAGAGCAGAAUAAAAAAAAAAGUAAUUCAGCUAUAAUAUUCCCAUUUGGAAAAUGUAUUUAAGUGCUGUUCUAAUCAUGAAUUCCACUUGCAUACAGUCAAAAAGGUCUUCCAGUAAGGAGGCCCCAGGACAAAUGAUCAAAUUAUCAAAAGUGACGAUUUAUGAUAUAGAAAUAUUUUGACAACAUUUAGGAGACAAAAGUGCAGAGAGAAAGAGGAAAGAUGAUGUAGACGGUAUGCAUGAGAGCAAGAAGGCAUUGCAAAACAAUGUCUUCUUUAUUCUGUUGGUUUUUGUUUCUUCACCAAAACAUGCUAGUAUUUUAGUGUUGUCCUAGCAAGGAGAGAAGAGGUGAGACAAAGUUCUGCCAGUAAGGCAAUGCUGACAGGCAAAUUACUUGCACUCCAAUAGAGUUUGACAAAACAUGGUCACAGUACAGCAUAGCAUUUACUACUGUCAGUGGGAAAAUGACAUAUUCCUGAUCCCUUUGUAUCAUCACCAGUAGUAAACUAUUGAGCCAUCUUGUGCCUGAAAGCUUCUGGAGUCUUACUGAUUUUCAAACCUCUGCUCUCCCUAAGUUAUCAGCUUUGUGUUGUCUGUAGUUGUUGCUAUGAUUCUUAGAUAACUCUUUAGGGAAGCAGCAUUAGAAGCUACAGUAGCUAGGGUUUCAGCACAGGCAUGUUUUCAUUUCUCUUGGAGUGUGCCUGUAUUAUAUGUUUUCAUGUAAUCUUUAAAAAGUGUAUCCAGUAGAAAUGUGUGAUUACGAUGUUCUGAAUGUGUGUGGGAACAAGUUGUCAGCAGUGCAGCCAGCAUAUGUUUUCAGCAUGUGUGUGCGCGUUUGUGUGUGUAUUUAAAGGGGGGGGACCUCGUGUUCAACAGUGUAGUCUUAUCACUUCUACUGCAGCAGGAAACAGGAACAGAAAUCGUUCGUUCUCAGGGUACAAUCAGAGGGAAAGUUACAAUAGCUCAGGCCUCUAGCUCACUCUUAUGGGUAUUAGGAGUCACUGGAUCUGUUCUCCUCCCUUGAUGUGUUUCAAGCUGCCAAAGACCACAGUGGAACAAACUUAACCCAGACACAAGUCUAUCUGAAGUGCCCAUGUACACACACACUGGCAGGAGGCUGGUCCAGUAUUCUUCUCUACUCUUCACCUCCUUCUAGUACUUUCUAUCCUGGCAUCCAUUUCUUUCUUCCCCCUUAGUCCCACUCCACUCUUGAUUUCUUCCACUGAACUCUUGACUACUACCACUCCGUGUGUGUGAGUCCAAACUCUGCCCUUGUUAUACUAUGGACCAUACUGUGCUGGACCAGGUAAAGUGUCGUUCUGUGGUUGGCAUGAAAAGAGACCAAAGCAAACCUUUUAUGCAAAGGUUUAGCCAAUGUAGUGUUAGUGGCUGCACCCUAUGUUCGGAAACGUAGGAUUUUACACUAGCUGUAUAGAAUGUGUGUUACAGAAGGCACAGUUCUAUCCAACAAGCAGCAUCGGUGCACAACUUGUACAAUGUGGCCAAAUUCCUCGUUGUGAAAGGCAUUCAAGGUCUACACUGCAUGUUGCUGAGUCAUCAUACAGCAAAACAAGGCCUUUCUAGUCCAGUGCAGUGUACUUCUAUAGUGCGACAGAGGCUUAAGCAGAGAAGUCUGGAGUUGGACCAUGUCAACAAUAUUUGCUCACCACCAUGUUCUUCCCUCUUUCUCUUUUUUUUUCCCCUCCAUCAACUGUUUCACUGUGAGAAGUGAGUGAAUGUAAAACUAAAGGCGAGGAGGACGCAGAGUUCGGUUUAAUAUCAAAACACGUCAGGGACUAAACACUCCCUCAGAUGCUUCCAGAAGCUACUUUCUGACAGAAUGUAGCUUCCCAGCUGGGACAAAGGCCAAUGUGCCUGAUCUGAAACGUUGGCAAGCCCAUGGCCAAGGUCAAGUUUGAUGAGAAGUGUUUAGUCCCGGGCUUUUUGGAGCUGUAAAGUGAUUCGCUGCUAGAGAUCUGCUAGGAACAGGUCAUUCCAUAUGGGAGGUCUCUCAGGCCAUCUCACUAGCAAACAGUUUACUACGUGACUAAGUGUCUGCAUGGAAAUUAGACUAUAUAAAUAUAUACUCUAUUUUUUUUUACUUGUGUCUGUUUUUCGAAGGGAUCAGGGGUAGUAUUGACCAGUCACACCAGAUUACCAGCUGGUCUGAGCAGAGUAGAGGUGUGAUACCAUUUACAACUGGUGUGUCGCUCUUUCAGAGGUGGACCGUAUUUCUAACAUGUGUUUUUGCAAGGCCAAGCUUUGCUUUCACUUGAUGCACCAGCAUCCUGAGGCCAUUUUGGGGCCUUUUGUGUCCGGUACACUAAAGGUCACAUGUGAAAGCAACUUACACUGACUGUGCUAAAAUGUAAAGAGUAGUUACUCUGUCCAUGAAAUGAGUUGGUAUCACCCACUGAAUCAGUCUGCCAGGUUAAAGAACAUCAGAGUAUAGUGAGAGGAAGUCAGUCUGCAUAUUUAAUACACACAGUACAUGUUUGCUUUGGAUACACAGGGGCACAUGGACUUAUUUAUACACCAUAUGCAGACAGAGGUUUGUGUAUGACUAUACUGUGUAUACACAGAGAGACUGAUUGACACACAGCUAGCAGAGCCUUACUUUUAAUGAGCUUUGCCAUUACAUGACAGCUUUGAAGGCUCUAGAGGGGAGAUGGGGUGUCAGUUAUUCAGAAGACCAUUACCCGCGGUUACUGUACAUUGAUGUGGUUGCAGCCAGUUCGAUCUGCCCUAUUGACCUGUUUAUGUUUUUUUUGUUUUUUUCCCCCUGUGCUCUUUAUAUGCAUUCAUAUAGAAAUCCUGGAAGAUAACAGGGCCCCUGUGGCCUAAUUGAAUCCACAGAGCUGGCCUCUCAUGUAGUCCAUCUGAGACAGUUUGCUUUGACAGCUUAUUAAAAGUGUUGUGAUCGCAGAACUUUAUAUAUAUAUAUAUAUAUAUAUAUAUAUAUAUAUAUAUAUAUAUAUAUAUAUAUAUAUAUAUAUAUAUAUAUAUAAAAAAGGAUCUGGAUACGUCUGUCCUACCAGGCCCAUAUAUAAAGAGUUGGGUUUGACACUUUUUUGCUAAUACUUAAUAGCCAAUACUAAUACCACUGACAUGGACAGAAAUGUGAGCGUGUGUUAUUUUAGUACCAAAGCAGCAGACUGUGUCCGAUCUGCAUCAGUCUAAACACAGGCUCAGAGCCACAGGCAGACACACAUCACACAUGACCAGUUUCAUUUCCACUUCGAUUAUUGCUCAGACUCAGUGCCAGCUUGAGAGUUUAUAAUGUUGGCUCUCUGGGUGUUUUUGGAAAGUAUACUCAAACUAGCUGUAGGAAAGAGGUAGUAAGAUGGUUCUGGGACUAAAACCUUCCCUAAAGCAGAUUUGGGGAAGGUGUCCUGUUUCUGAAGGGAUUAAAAGACAGGGUUUCACAAUGUGAGAAUUCAAACACUUCCUAUUUGUUGUUUGAUUUCUUUUUUUUUUUUGUCUAAAUGCUAUGACCAUAGACUACUAUCAGUACAUGCAAGACUCUGAAUGAGCUCACCUAAGGCUGGACUCAUGCAGGAAUGUAAAGAAUCUGAUUAACAUCCUAUUAUAUGUUUCUGUUACUUGGAGAAAAACACUGGAUGUGCAUUGCACUGGUAUAAAAUCAGUCCUGUGUAACAGAUAUAGAUAGAUGUGUAUAAGGCUUGACAUAAUCUGGGUGAUGGGGAGGUUCACACAGAGCAUGGCCAUUAGCAGUUAGCCACACUGAGAGCCUUAGAGGAAGAUUGGAUUCUCUAGUUCUAAAUCUGUUUUCCAGCCAGCUAAUGAUGAUGAUCCCAGCAUAACAGUCUUAUUAAGGGUAUUAUCAUGUACUUGCCACACUGAAUUUCUAGAGAAGAAACAACAAAAUGGCACUGAUAGCAUAACCUGGCCAAACUCUGUCAGUAGCUCUGGUGCGUACCCUAGAGGUUGGUGUGUAGUGCCUGGCUAUAUCAAGGAACUGAUAGAUAUUCAUGCUCAGUGUCAGCCAACUAUCUUCAUUUAGAUCUCAGCGACUGUGGCUCUGAUGUUUCUGGCUGCUAAACAAAGUCUUUCUUGUCAAGUCUGGAGAGCCAAAGCUCCUAGUUAGCCAGGCAGGCAGGCCUGCUGCCCAGUCCAGCCUCACAACUAUGCAAGAGGAAUGCAUAUAAUCCACACUCUUCUCAAUUUUUUUCCUGUUUUUAUAUUUUCUUUUUCUUUUUCUCACUGUCAUGCAGUAGAAAUGAAGACGUAAACUAAUAAGAACUUGCAAUGACAAUACUUGGCCUUAUGAUGAUUUAUGAAAUCUUAUCAUUUUAGUUUUAAGAUCUUUUGAUUCUGGUCAGCCAGCCCAGCGACAGCAGCGGUGACGGCGGGCUCACUCUUGGUCUCUGUGAGACUGGCUAGAUGGCCCCUAGUUUUAUCGUGGUACGAAUGUUGUGCAUUUGUUUAAAAUCAGGACAGUUUGCAAUAACAGCAGUCUUACUAGUGGCCACAAAGGGGCACAAGCAGUGCUGACAGCGCCCGGCUGCGUCUUUAGAAAACCAUAGAGGAAGAAAUAUAAACUAUAUAAAUAGAUAUAUAAACUCUCACAGUGCAUAUUUGUAUAGGUAUCAACAAUGCAUUACCGUGUUAUACUCUUAUGCAACACAUGUCCGGGUUCAAUUUAUGAACAUGAAGUAUAUUAUGAAAUCACACAGACUUUGUAAAUCAGAAGCUAUGUUGUUGUGUGUUUUUCGCGAAAAUGGUUUUACCAUCCUCAAUGUUGAAUAUUCUGAGCGUUACGUUCCUGUGUGAUUGUGUUUGUUAAAGUGAGCACAUAGCAGUGGGUUUUACCUUCUUCCUGUAAGCAGGUAACCAGACAGGACCCAAAACACAGCUGGACUACAUUUCAAAUAACAUGGUGCCUAUUUUAAACAAAAACUUUCAAAUCUGAUCUGUACACAGUUUUACAAACACCUGACUGUAGUCUUUAACUAAAAUGUAUCUGCAUGACUCAGACAGAGCUGUAUGGCUUCAAACACACCUAAGCUGGUUUAUCAACAGCAUGGUUUUAGACUUGCCCUAACCAGCAACAAAAGGUUCCAGCGCAAAAACAGCCCCCUAUUGUCCAUAUAUAAGAGCAGUUUAGUUGAGGACUUGACUUUAAUGUAUGUUUGUGAAACUGCUGUUGAGUAAAUUUAAGACUGAAAUCAUUUCCAGCUGUUUUUUUGGUUUAGUCUGCCGGGAAAGAGUCCUCUCCUGCUGAGAGGACAGAUUUUAUCAUAAAGAACAGUGUUGAUCCAUGGUUCUGUUGUGGAGUAAAGGGAGGAUAGAUUACAAACCUCCAUGUAAAACCUCUUAACUGACAGAUGGAGUACACUUGAGGGGUCAACCUGCCGAAUGUUGAAUUGAAUUAAUGUUGAAUGAAUGCUUCUCUUCUUUUAGUCAGUGAAUAAAAGCAUUAAAAACA